AUGAAAGCAGCGUCGCUUGGUCAUCAAUAUUUAAAUGUUCAAUCGUUCAACGAAACUGAAAACUUUUUCAGUGCUGGACGAUUUCGUGCCGGUCGAAGAUACCAACGAGCGCGAUCCAAAGCGCAAAUCUAUGAUACUCCGAAAGAACCGUCGCUAUCUGCCUCAGAUCCGCUUUCACGACGAUCUAUUCCAAGUAUCGAACAAUCUAAAGCGUCCUAUGGGCGAAGUUAUAGUGCAUCGAAUAAUCUCUUUGUCGUCUAUGAACAGCAGCAACAAAAGCCGAUAUCUAGAAUCCAAUCUCAACAUUCCGAUGGAGAUCAUAAACCAUAUUCGCUGAGAGCACUUAUCACUAAACGACACGGAAAUCAGGACGAAGAUGAUAAAUUAAGCAGUCGUGUGCGGCGUUUUUAUAAAAAACAAGAUCAUUUGAUUGAUUCAUUACAAAAGUUUCAUGAACGAACGUUGCUUGACUCUAAAAAAGAAGAUAACAAGUUGAAGAAACAAAAACGCCAUACUGAAUGGCUUAUUCGAGCAACAUUAAUAUGUAAUAUCUUAUUACUCGUUUCUAAAAUUGUUGCCGCUAUUUUCUCUCGAUCUCUUUCGAUUAUUUCUUCGGUAGUUGACUCAGCAGUUGAUUCCGCAUCAGCAUGUGUACUCUAUUGGGUCGUCCGAGCUAUCAAAAGACGUGAUCCUUACACAUACCCAGGAGGUAAAAACUGUCAUUCCAUUUGUUUUCCUGCAAAACUGGAAAUGAAUUCAUCAUCCUUACAUAUUUUAGGACGAACUCGAUUAGAACCAGUUAUCAUUGUCAUUUUGUCUGUGGUAAUGGUUUCGGCAUCCGUUCAGGUCAUUUAUGAAUCUGUGGAAUCAUUGAGCAAUGAUGUGCAUCAUUUUACAACGAAUCAAACUGAAUUGCGUGAUAUCGAUAUGGGACCAGCACCUAUCACUGUCAUGUGUAUAACUAUUGUUACUAAGGCUGUUCUCUCAUUUUUGUGCUAUCAAGUAGCUAAUCCAACAAUGUAUGCGGUAGCACAAGAUCAUCGCAAUGAUGUAUUUUCGAAUUUCGUUGCCCUUGCAUGCGGUAUUAUAGCGGCCAAGGCACUUGAUGGUUCGAUCAAAGAUCCAGAAGUAGUUGUCAUUGAUCCCAUCGGUGCAAUUAUCAUAUCUCUAUACAUUAUCUUUUGUUGGUUGAAACAACUUCGUGAACAAGUUCGAAAUCUAAGUGGUUACAAAGCAAAGCCUGAAUUUCUACAAAAGAUCACCUGGUUGACUUUACAACAUUCUCCUCUAAUCCAGAAAAUAGAUACAGUUCGAGCAUUUCAUUUUGGCACGUCAUUUCUGGUUGAAGUAGAAGUUAUUCUUCCAGAAACUAUGUCACUUAAAGAAGCACAUGAUAUUGGUGAUGGCUUACAAACUAAAUUGGAAAGCAUACCUGAAGUCGAAAGGGCAUUUGUUCAUUUGGACUAUGUUGUCGAAGCAUUGGAAUACUAA